UGUUGGGUUAUGACCAGGUCAUAUCACACUUUCUUGAUGACCAAUGGUCAUGUGGUCAUAUGACCAUUGGUCAUAGGUCAUUAGGUCAUAAGUUUUAUGACUCCAAUGAUAUGACUUUAAUGACCAAUGGUCAUGUGGUCAUUUGGUCAUUUGGUCAUAAGAGUGAUACAAAUAAAUCAAAUGCAAAGGCGGUUUGCAUUUGUUGUAUGCAAAGGGUCGGAGGUUUAGCUAUUGCACAAGUAACAUCAGGAUGUUUUACUUCAAAUAAAGCAAGACUUU